AUGUUCGAAGUACCAGAAGCAAAGCGAGUCCGUCGCGACGAAAUCCUCUCGCCUGCUGGCUCUGGAUCAUCUUCCGCUGCAGCUUCGCCCAAAAUCCCCUCAGCAGACGAUAACAACGAGACGUUUUCGAAACUCGGACAGCUGCUAGCUUUUGAGACAUUUACCAUUGACAAAACCGACGACACAAAUGGGCAGCAAACAGAGGAGGGCGGAGAAGAAGAUGAAGAACAAGAAUUCGAAUUCCGACUAUUCAGCGGCCCGACGAAUCCCACUACAACAACCAAGCAAAAGAACCAUGAAGAUAAACCCGAUUCCGAAAUCACAACGCAAAAACUCAAGAUUCGGUUACACUCUCCAGCGCCAGAAGAUAUAAAGGCCGGAGAUGGGCGGUUCGUUGUCCCGUUUCGGGGAUGGCAGUAUUAUUUUACCAAACCGGAGGUGAUGCAACUACCUCACGACGGAGAACAGGCCCGCGUGGAAGAAACAAGGCGCAAGGAAUACGAAGAUGUCGCAGUUACAGGCUCUCAAUUACUUGAAUGGGCCCAAUCGACAAAAACACCCGGUUGCCAUUUACCCUGGCGGGUAUUCCAUUUAAAACCAAAUGACCACAGGGUGCCCAAGCCAACGCCGCCGGCACUAAGUAUAUCUACGAGUGAGGAAAAGAAAAAAUCGAAACCAGGCAAGAAGAGGCGCAUCAUUUUGCGCAGUAGGGCGGCCGCUGCGGGCAUGACGGACGCUGAGAAGCGUAAUAAGAAGAACCGGGAAAAGAAGAUCAGAAAAAGGCAAAAAGAGAGAGAAAGGAAAGCUGCAUUGGGUAUAUCGGUCGGUGAUAAUAAUGAGGAAGUCAGUGGAGACGAGUAA